AUGGUCCCUGGCAUUUGGGGGCUACUGAGCUGGUGUUUCUUCUGUGACUGGGCCCUGGGUGGUCCCCGAGACCCUCGAUCUCUACCCCUCCUGGCUUCCCAAGGCAAACUAGGAGCUGUACCCACUUGGGCACCUCCAGAAGGGGCAGAGGCAGCUUUGGCUUUCCUUUACUCUGGGGAUGCCCAGAAACUGGCUGGAGCCAACUGCAGUGGGCGCUACGAGGCACAAGGAGCCAGGGUCAGCCUGGGACUCCCACAAAUCCUCCAGGGAGCUGCAGGUACCUUGGCACAGGCAGCAAAUUUCCUCAACAUGUUGCUCCAGGCCAAUGACAUCCGGGAAUCCAGUGUGGAGGAAGAUAUAGAGUGGUACCAAGCAUUGGUACGAAGUGUGGCUGAGGGUGACCCAAAGGCAUACCGGGCAUCAUUGACUUUCAAUCCAGCUCCUGGUGCUACCUUGCCUCAGCUGGCACUUCGAGCCACCAGGACAGGAGAGGAGACACUCUUGCAGGAUUUGUCAAUGGCCAGAGUCCAGGAAGCAAGGCCAGCUGGUGUUGGGGUCACCAUGGGCCUAAGAAAGCGGGUGCUAAGCAAUGACCUGGGUAGCCUGGACAGCCCGAAAUGGCCACGGGGGGAUGGGUAUGUGGGUGACACAAGUCAUGUUCACCUCUCACCCCCCUUUCUGGAGUGUCAAGGGGGUCAACUCCGACCUGGCUGGCUAAUUGAGCUUUCUACCACCUUCUAUGGGCUCAAGCCCGAUCUCAGUCCUGAGGUCAGGGGGUUGGUACGGAUGGAUGUGGACCUUCAGAGUGUGGACAUUGAUCAAUGUGCCAGUGGCCCUGGCUGGUUCUCCAAUACACACCAGUGUGACCUCAAUAGCACCCAGUGUGUCCCCCUGGAGAGUCAUGGUUUUAUCCUUGGCCGCUACCUUUGCCGCUGCCGACCAGGCUUCUAUGGACCCAGUCUCCCCAUGGGGGAAGGUGAGAGCAAUGCAGAGCCCAUGGGGCAGUACAGGGCUCCCCAAGGCAGUUCCAGUCAAUUGCUUCGGUGCCAUCCAUGCCCAGAAGGCUGUGCCAGCUGCGUGGAUGCCACACCGUGCCUGGUGGAGGAGACACAGGUGCUCAGAGCAGCUGUGUUGGUUUGCCAAGCCUGCUGUAUGUUGGCCGUCUUUCUCAGCAUGCUGAUUUCCUACCACUGCCGCAGGAGCAAGACGAUCCGAGCAUCUGGAGUCAUAUUACUGGAGACCAUUCUCUUUGGAUCUCUGUUGCUCUACUUCCCUGUCUUCAUCCUCUACUUCAAGCCAAGCACAUUCCGAUGCAUAGUUCUUCGGUGGGUGAGGCUGCUUGGCUUUGUCACUGUCUAUGGGACCAUCACCCUCAAGCUUUACAGAGUACUACAACUGUUCCUGUCUAGAACAGCUCAGCGGGGGCCUCACCUGAGCAGUGGCCGGCUGCUGAGGCGCCUUGGUCUUCUCUUGCUCCUGGUUCUGUGUUUCCUGGCAGCCUGGACAGUAGGCACUCUGGAAAGGGGGGCCCAGCAUGCACCCCUGGUUAUUCGUGGUCACACAUCUGCUGGCCGUCACUUUUAUCUUUGCCACUAUGAUCGCUGGGAUUACAUCAUGGUUGUGGCUGAGAUGCUCCUCCUCUGUUGGGGCAGUUUCCUCUGUUAUGCCACCCGGGCAGUGCCCUCUGCCUUUCAUGAGCCACGCUACAUGGGUAUUGCUCUACACAAUGAGCUUCUGGUCUCUGCUGCCUUCCAUGCAGCCAGGUUCAUCUUGGUCCCCUCCUUACACCCAGACUGGACCCUACUUCUCUUCUUUAUCCACACCCAUGGCACAGUCACGACGACUCUGGCUCUGCUCUUUAUCCCCAAGUUCCUGAACCCAGGGGUCCCUCCCCGGGAGGAGAUUGCAGCUGAGGUCUAUGAGGAUGAGCUGGACCUGCAAAGAUCAGGCUCCUGCCUCAACAGCAGCAUUGCUUCUGCUUGGAGUGAAUGCAGUCUUGACCCUGGAGACAUUCGGGAUGAAUUAAAGAAGCUCUAUGCCCAGCUGGAGGUUCACAAAACCAAGAAGAUGGCAGUAAACAACCCACACCUGCCCAAGAAGAGAGGCAGCUCCCGUCGAGGACUGGGCCGCUCUUUUAUGAGGUGCCUGGCGGAGUUCCCUGAGGCUGUGGCACGUCGGGACCCUAGUUCCCCAGGUCGAGGCAGCUUUCCUCGUUCUUCUCGGCGACGUCUCCUCAGUUCUGGGGUUCAGACACCUGAGAGACCAUCACCAACUUUGCGCAAAUCUCACAGCACCUAUGACCACCGAAGGGAGCAGGACCCACCACUCCUUGAUUCUCUUCUCCGGAGGAAGUUGGCAAAGAAGGCUUCAAGGGGAGGAAGCCGUGACUCCAUGGAAGUGCCUCCUCCUCUUGGCUUCAAGUCAGCCAGUGCCCACAACCUCGCAGUGGGAGAGAGGCUACCCCGGGCACAACCUGCCUCUCUGCAGAAAUCACUCAGUGUAGUAGCUGGCUCUAGGGAGAAGGCGCUGCUCUUGGCCAGCCAAGCCUACCUGGAAGAGAGCUAUAGGCUGGCACUAGAGAGAGAGGAAAGGAGAAAGGCAGGGGCAGGGAGCCCAGCCAGGAGGCCAUCAGCCAGGCGACUAGAGCGGGCUCGAGGAGAUUCCCUGUCACCUCCUCCAUCACCUGCAAAGAGCAGCAGUGUUGACAGUUCCCAUGCCUCUGGGAAGCUUCAUGAGAUAGGGGGGAGGUGGCCACCACCUUCACCUAUUAGGCACCAGAUCUCCACACCCAUCCUGGCUUUAGGUGGGGCAUGCUUGGGAGAUUCACAGACACUAUCCCCCACAUCAACUUUGGCUCCGGCUCCAGCUCCAGCCCCUGCCCUACCCCCAAUGCCAGCUCUAGCUCGAGAGCCUACCUUACUGACCUAUAUCUGCCCUUGGGAAAACGCAGAACUACCAGUCAAGGCAGAAAGUACAACCCAGGAGCCUGCUCCCGGGACAGGUAGUGGGGAGAGUCGUCUCCCAGCCCGAGCCCGGCUCUUUAGAGCCCUUUCUGUGGCAGUGGCAGUGGAGAAGCGAGAGGCUACAGAAGGUGAGGGGGCUGGAACAGAGCAUCCAGAAGGAGAUGUUAAUGAGACUGAUGAUGAAAGGCACAGGAUCUUUCCCAAAUCCCAUAGCCUCAAGACUCCCAUCCAACAGGGUUCCAUGCGGAGCCUAGGACUGGCCAUCAAGGCUCUAACCAAGUCCCGGAGCAGCUACAAGGAGAAAGAGAAUGGGGCAGGCAGUCCUGAAAGGGUAGGGAAGAGUAAGGCUUUUGAAGAAGAUAUUGGGUUGGUUGCUAGAACUGUGAGGGCAGGCCGGCCCAAACCGGUGAGCAAACAAGCAGCUUUGGCCCCUUGUGAUGAUGAGGAAUCGAUCCAGAACCAGCAGAAUACUCACACCAGUAGAAUGCUGGCUGGCUGUCCCCAGGAGGGGAGCAAGGAACGAGACGGCAAGCCUAGGGGGCCUGAGAAAGCAAAGUGGAAGGGGCAGGUGAGACAGGAUCCUUUCAGCAAGAACAGAGAUGUCGAGACAACUGAGAUAACCCCUGGGCGAGAAAAAGAACUAAAAGGGAGAUAUGAGAAUCCAGUUAAAGCUUGUCCUCAGCUGCCUGACAGCACAGACAGCAGAACAACUGAAAUAUGUCCAUGGGAGGCCCCUGAGCUAGAAGCUGAUAAACCAGACAGCCUAAAGGCAGAGGCCUCACCCUGGCACAUGAGUAAAGGAACUUCUGGACAAGAUCAAGAACAGAGAUCCCAAGGGGAAAAGAGGAAAACCCCUGAAAAGUCAGGACCCAAAGGAAUGAUGGUCACUGAUCAGAAAAAGCCUGAGCAGCAGCUGCAGGACCGAGAGGCAGUCUGUCCUUGGGAAAGCACAGACCUAGGAGGCCCUGCAGCCCAACCAGGUCCUCAACACACUAGCCGACCCAAAGAUGGCCACCAGGUGCUGGGCAGCAUAAGGAGAACAGCAGCAGAGGUAUGUCCAUGGGAAGUGACUGAGGUGGAAGCUCAUAAACAAGACAGCACCAAGGCAGAGAUUUGUCCCUGGGAGGUGAGUGAUGGAUCAAGAGAUAAAGAAAAAUUGCCACAGGAGGUAGAUAGGCACUCCCUAGAAGAGAAACAGAUGUUCAGGAAAGCAAUGUUUUGGAAAGGUGAAAAGAAACUGGGUGAAGAAUGGGAGAGUACAGAUUUUAGGGGUCCCUCAGCCAGCCCAAUGCAGACCCCAGUGACUUCAGAGUUCUCAGAAAGUGUAGGAAACAAGGUAGCUGAAGUGUGUCCAUGGGAAAUGGAUGAGAAUUUGUCUAGCAGAAAAGCUGAGAUCUGUCCCUGGGAGAUGAAUAAAACAGUUGGAAAAGGGACACCAGGCCAAGACACCGGUGGAGAAUUGGUACAAGAAAAGAAAAGGGCCUCUGGAAAAGAGAGCUAUGGAGAGGCUGGAGAUUCUACCUGGAAAGAAGCUGAGAAACGAGAAAGAGAGGCAGCCUGUCCUUGGGAAGGCAGAGACCCAGAGGCCCUUCCUCUACAGUCAGACCUUGCUAAAGUGCCUGGCCUUACAGGGAGUGGGACAGCAGAGAUAUGUCCAUGGGAAGCCCUUGAACCAAGUAUAAGUAAGACAGGGUCUGCCAAAGGGAAAAUCCAUCCCUUGGAGAUGAGUGAAGGUGAAGCAGAGAAAAGGGCAGUGGAACAGAAUAAAGGGGAAUGCCUAGAGAACAAGGGGGAAUCCAAAGAAUCAACUGCUAUAGCUUCAAAAAAGUUAGAUAUGCUGACUGAGACACAGGAAGCAGUCUGCCCCUGGGAGAUAUCUUCUCUCAAGACAGAACCUCAGAAAAUAGACCAAGCUACAGUCAGGUCCCAGGUAUCAGGUAGUAUGGGAAGCAGGGCAGCUGAGGUCUGUCCAUGGGAAGUACAGACUAUAUCUAUUGACACUGUAGAUACACCCUGGAAGCCAACAGAUGUAGGUGGAGGGAAAAACGAUUUGGAAAUUGAGGUAGCUAAGGAUUCCCAUGGGGAUACAGUAAAAGGGUUCAGAAAAUCAGGACUCAAAGAAAGAGCUGUUCCUGCUCAGGAAAAGACAGACAGGCUAAUUCCAGACAGGGAGGCAACUUGUCCCUGGGAGAACUCGGACCCAGGGGACUCCUCCUCACAAACAGGCAGUCAAGCCACUGGUCAACUCAAAGCUGGUCUGCAGGUAUUAAGCACUGUGGGGAGCAGAACAGCUGAUGUGUGUCCAUGGGAGGCGGAGGCAGCUUUAUCCAGUGCAAAGGCAGAGAUCUGUCCCUGGGAGGUAAACAAAGAAGCAAGUGAGAACAGGGAACUGGGACAGGAUGGGGAAUCCAAAGAGGAUAGAGGGAAAACUCUGGAAAAUGGGAGCUCUGGAGAGCUGGGAGGUAAAAUGUCAAAACAAGCAGCAAAGCCAAGUCAAGAGCAGGAAUCUAUUUGUCCUUGGGAUGACAGCAUGUACUCAGCUCAAGCCCCAGUGACCUCCCAGUCAUCUGACAGCAAAGUAGCCAAAGUAUGUCCCUGGGAGGUAGAAGAGGAUACUUUCAACAAGAAAGCAGAGAUCUGUCCCUGGGAAGUGAGUGACAAAACAAUAGAGAAAGGGAGACUGGGAAAGGAAACAGAUGGAGAAUACCUAAAGAGAGAUCAGGCAACCCUUGAGAAAGGGAUAUCUGCAGAGACUCAACAUCACCCUUCUAGAGAAGAAAUCACACCCAUUGCAGCAAGGGAAUCCAUCUGUCCAUGGGAGGAUUCAGAUUCAGGGGGUCUGUCCAACCAAGCAGACACGCAGGGCACUAUCAGCUCCCAAAUACUUGGUAGUGUUGGGGGUAGGGUGACUCAGGUGUGUCCGUGGGAAGCCACUGAGCCACAAGUUGAUGUGCCAGAAAGCAAUGUGGCAGAAAUCUGUCCUUGGGAAGUGGGUGAAGGACCAAGUGAGGAAGUGACAGACAGGCAGGAUCAAGGCAGGGAAUCUCAACAGGAAAAAAGAAAACCCUCUAAAACAUCAGACACCCAAGCUGUGAUUGUCACUACACAUAAAAAACAAGGGAGGCUAAUCCGACAGCAAGAGACAGUCUAUCUGUGGGAGAGCACAGACCUGGGGGAUACCCCCUCCCAAACAGAUCCUCAUGACACUACUGGACCCAAAGCUGGUUCCCAGGUAUUUGAAGGUACAGAGGGCAAGAUGAGUUCAAGCAAAGCAGAGGAUCCUCAUCCCACUGGGAAAGCAGAGAUCUGCCCCUGGGAGAUGAGCAAAGGGGCAGAGGGUACAGAUGCAGAGUUCCAAGGACUGAAGGGAAAAACACCUAGAAAAGUGAGCUCCAGAGAGACUGGAGAACAUAUUUUAGAAACAGAGAAAUUUAGCCAAGAAGUCUGUCCUUGGGAGAGUACAGACCAAGGGGGUGGUUUCCUUCAGCCAGACAAAACCAAAGCCCCUUGCCAGGGCAGCAUAGGGAGCAUAAUGGCAGAGGUAUGCCCUUGGGAAGGUAUGGAACUAGGAGGAAGUAAGCUGGAGGGUGUCCUGGCAGAAAUCUGUCCCUGGGAAGGGACAGGAACCCUGCCUAGGAAACCUGCCCCUCAGGCUUCAGAAGAAACUGAAGCAGAAAUCCCACUAACAGUCCAAGAGAAGCAAUCUAGCCUUUCAGUUCCCAUACUUCUGGGCUGUCUUCUUCCAGAAAGCAAAGUUUCUAUCCCUGAGGUCACUGUUAGUUCUUUUGAAGAUGAUGGAGGACCCCAAAAUGUUCCAGAGGGAAAGCCUGAGGCUGGCCCAAUCUCAGAGACCAGUAUCCAAGAGGUCAAAGGUCAACCAACUAGCCUUUCGGUCCCCAGACCUCUGGACUUUCUUCCAGAAAGCAAAAUUUCUAUCCCUGAGGUUACUGUUAGUUCUUUUGAAGGUGAUGGAGGACCCCAAAAUGUUCUAGAGGGAAAGCCAGAGGCUGGCUCAACCUCAGAGGCCAGUAUCCAAGAGGUCAAAGAUCAACAGCCUUCCUCAACAGAGGGCCAAGGAACAGCUUCCCCUGAGGGCCAAACUGGUGACUCCACCCCACCAACUGUCUCUCCCUAG